AUGCCAUCUCACACUCAAACAUCCCCCUCGUACGGCUCAUCCUCCAAGAAGCCCGUCUGCUACGCUGGCUCCACUGAAGUCACCCAACCCGAGUGUUCCGGCACGAGUGACAAUAUCAUCCUCGCUCUCUUCAAACAUUUGAGCGGUGAGCAAUUCGCCCCUGUGUUUGUGGUGACAGUGCUCAAUUUCCUGGCAUUCUGGGCGGGUCUCGUUGAUAGUGGAAAGGUACUCUUCUCUUUCAAGGGGUUGAUGAAGGCUAUUUUGUUGAAAUUCUUUGUGGGUCUCAUUUUGGGUGGUGACGUAGGCAUCACUAUCCCAGGGGUGCUGCUGAAUUGUUUUGGCAAUUUCUGGACGGGUCAAAUUGUUGGUGCGUUGGUGCUCUGA